UUGUUAGUCACUUUUUCAACACUGGGCGUCGCUUACAGCUGGGAGAGUCUAAUUAUUUGGGGAGGGGGGAUGAAAUAAUAACAUUGGCUGUCAAGAAGUUGUUGUACUACAUCUUACUGCACCCUGUCAGGGCAGCCAGCUGUUAGGACACCGGCUUGAGUGCCUGCCGGCAUCCAGUGACAGGGCAGUAGCGGAUUGUAACCUUGCUGAAGGACGCAGCAGUAUUUAUUGACGUAUGCAAAUAGCUGAAGAGAUGGGCGGGGCCUACAGAUAACAGGAACCAGAAUCAGGCUGAAAGAGCAGCCUCAGAGCUCAGAGUUCCGGUACAGGAGCAAAGAGACGUGGCGGAGUAGCAACGCUAUAUGCUCCGCUGCUAAACACGUCUCUUAUUUAUACCGGGACGGGCACACUAGUCUUCAGUAGCGGGAGGUACCUGCUGAGGCGCUCUGUGUUCUGCUUCUAUUUCCUACUCCCUCCCCUCCCAGCCGGUAGUGUAUUGGCUGACAUGUUCCUUGGGGGUGUACUAGGACUUUGCAUUGCCGUCAGUUUGUAGCAGCAGGUGAUUGUGAGAAUCGUAACCCACGUCUGACCUUCUCCUGUUUCAUUGGCGCAAACCAUGCAGGAUGAUUUACUGAUGGACAAAAACAAAGCUCAGCAGCAGCCUCAGCAGUCUCUGUCCUCCCAAACUCAGCAGCAGCAGCAGCAAAAGGAAGCUCCCUCUAUAGCAGAGCCCUCCAGCAGCAGAGAAAGCAGCCCCCCUACGCACAAGGAGAAGAUGGAGAUGGAGUCCCCCUUACUGCCUGGUCUGAGCUUUCAACAUGAGCCCCCCAGCACCUCAUCUCUGUCCCCUUCUAUUGGCAGCACCUGGUCUACUGGAGGCACUAACCGCGCUGUUGAUGACAGCUUCUUCCCAGGGGUUACGCCAGUGAAUGGGACCAUGUUGUUCCAGAACUUUUCCCAUCAUCAUCAUCAUGUUAACCCAGUAUUUGGGGGCACCUUCUCUCCUCAGCUGGGCUUGGCUCAUCAAACACAACAGAGGCGAUCCCCUGCCAGCCCCAACAACCACACAGCAUACACCCAGCGUAAUGCCUACAGCCAUCAGCCCAUCCUGACCAACAAGCCCUCGUCCUCCCCCAACUCCUCAUCACCUUCCCCAUCCAACUGGAAUAACCAGCAAAAUGCUGCCUGGAAUAGCCCUUCUAACCCGUGGGGGGCACUGCAACCUGGGAGGGACCCACGCAGGGCUGUAGGGGUUGGAGUAGGAGUGGCUGUUGGGGUCCCAUCUCCACUGAACCCCAUCUCCCCGCUGAAAAAAACUUUCUCCAGCAAUGUGAUCGCACCCCCUAAAUUCCCAAGAGCAUCUCCUUUAACCCCCAAAUCCUGGGUGGAAGACAACGCGUUCAGGACAGAUAAUGGCAAUACCCUAUUGCCCCUACAGGACCGGAAUAGGCCCUAUGACUCUUUUAACUUGCACACUUUGGAGAAUUCCUUAAUGGAUAUGAUAAGGACUGAUCAUGAACCUCUGAAAGCUCGAAUGGGGCUAAAUUUCCACCAUCCAGGAACAGAUAACAUUAUGGCACUUAACACCAGGAGCUAUGGUCGGAGACGAGGUCGAUCAUCGCUCUUUCCGUUUGAAGAUGGAUUCCUUGGAGAUAGCCACGGUGACCAGUCUUUAUCGCCAGGCCUGAGUUCUCCAACGCAUUGUCAGAACGGCGAACGGAUAGAACGCUAUUCUAGGAAGGUGUUCGUGGGAGGCCUGCCUCCUGACAUAGAUGAAGAUGAAAUCACCGCAAGCUUCCGUAGGUUUGGACCGCUGGUGGUGGACUGGCCUCACAAAGCUGAAAGCAAAUCUUAUUUUCCCCCAAAAGGUUAUGCCUUUCUGCUCUUCCAAGACGAAAGCUCUGUGCAGGCUCUGAUAGAUGCUUGUUUAGAGGAAGAUGGAAAGCUUUAUCUGUGUGUGUCCAGCCCAACCAUCAAGGAUAAACCAGUUCAAAUUCGACCCUGGAACUUGAGUGACAGUGACUUUGUCAUGGAUGGUUCUCAACCACUUGACCCAAGGAAAACUAUAUUUGUAGGUGGUGUUCCAAGACCCCUACGAGCUGUUGAACUGGCAAUGAUAAUGGAUCGCUUGUAUGGGGGAGUGUGCUACGCUGGCAUCGAUACAGACCCAGAACUGAAAUACCCCAAGGGCGCUGGCCGGGUGGCAUUCUCCAAUCAGCAGAGCUACAUUGCUGCUAUCAGCGCUCGCUUUGUCCAGCUCCAGCACAAUGACAUAGACAAGAGGGUGGAAGUGAAGCCAUAUGUGCUGGAUGAUCAGAUGUGCGACGAAUGCCAGGGCACACGCUGCAGUGGAAAGUUUGCUCCAUUCUUCUGUGCCAACGUGACCUGCCUGCAGUAUUACUGUGAGUUCUGCUGGGCGAGCAUCCACUCCCGGGCUGGCAGGGAAUUCCACAAACCACUGGUGAAAGAGGGAGGAGAUCGCCCGCGCCACGUCCCUUUCCGCUGGAGCUGAGCACCUCGUCCGACCUCGGCACAAACCCACAUGAGAGUGGGGGACGAGGGCAGAAAGUAUUGUGGGUUUUUUUUUUGACGGAUGUAAAGAAAAAUGGUUCCCUUUUAGGUUAUCUUUUAUUAUAUAUAUUAUUUACAGUCGCUUUACUGAACCGAGUGU